GGUCCCUGUCCCCAGGCCAUUUGUAGCAGUGGCUGUGCUGCACGGAGGCAUAACUCCUUCACCUUGGCCAUGGACAAGCUCAGGAGGGGCAAGACCCGGUUGGGACCACCCCUUCCACCUCCCAGAUGUGUAGAUGCCCCCUGCCCAUCUCUGCCUACCCCAGGGACCUGGAGAUGCAGGGCCCAGGAGGAGGAGGAAGAAGAGGAAGAUAAUUAUGAGCUGCCCCCCUGUGAGGCUCUGCCCCUCAAUCUAGCUCCUGCCCACCUUCCUGGCACCGAGGAGAACUCUUUGUACCUGGAUCGCUCUGGCCCCCUGGGCCCAUCCAAGUCACCACCACCGAAGCCCCAGCCCAAGAUGGUGAAGACAGCACUGACCCUGCAGGAGGCUGUGAAGCAGAGAUGGCCCUCUGGGAGGGGAGAGCUGAGUGCACCAGCCCAACUGGUGCCAGGCUCUGCAAACGAACCUGAUGAGGCCAUCUACCUGGAGUGUGAGCCCAGUCCAGUCCCUGCCUUGCCUCAGACUCUGCACUCCCAAGUCCUGAUGCCCCCAGUCCCUCUGCCAAGGACAUCAGUAGUACCCAGGGAGCAGCGAAUGUUACCUCUAAAGGUGAGUGCAGACAUCUUCAGCAUGCACCCUCAACCCUGA